UCAGGAAGUGCCGUCCCCGCGCCCCCUCCCCCGGCCACGCCGCCGCGCUCGCUCCCUCCCUUCCUGCGCGUGGGCCGGCGAGACGGCGGCGGGGACUGCAGGCGGAGGCCCGGGCGGGCGGCCGGCCGCGGGCUCCCAGAAGAGGCACUGAGGCCCAGAGAGACUCACACACAGGUUCAACACCGCGCCACCAACUGAAGCCCCCAAAAGGAGCCCGGUGAUGCUGCCCAGGCUGUGAACAGGGAAGGCAGCGCUGUGGGGGCUGCUGGCAGCCGGGGCUGGGGAGAGACAUGUGGACACGUGGCCUCUAUGGCUCCUGCCUGCCAGAUCCUCCGCUGGGCCCUCGCCCUGGGGCUGGGCCUCACGUUCGAGGUCACACACGCCUUCCGGUCUCAAGAUGAGUUCCUGUCCAGUCUGGAGAGCUAUGAGAUCGCCUUCCCCACCCGAGUGGACCACAACGGGGCACUGCUGGCCUUCUCACCCCCAACCCCCAGGAGGCAGCGUCGGGGCACAGGGCCCCAAGCAGAGUCCCGCCUUUUCUACAAGGUGGCUGCACCGAGCACCCACUUCCUGCUGAACCUGACCCGCAGCCCUCGCCUCCUGGCCGGGCAUGUCUCCGUGGAGUACUGGACUCGAGAGGGCCUGGCCUGGCAGAGGGCCGCCCGGCCCCACUGCCUCUAUGCCGGCCACCUGCAGGGCCAGGCCGGCAGCUCCCAUGUGGCCAUCAGCACCUGUGGGGGCCUGCAUGGCCUGAUUGUGGCAGAUGAAGAAGAAUACUUAAUCGAGCCCCUGCAAGGUGGGCCCAAGGGGCACCGGGGCCCAGAGGAGAGUGGUCCACACGUGGUGUACAAGCGUUCCUCCCUGCGUCACCCCCACCUGGACACAGCCUGUGGAGUGAGAGAUGAGAAACCGUGGAAGGGGCGGCCUUGGUGGCUGCGCACCCUGAAACCGCCACCUGCCUGGCCCCUCGGGAAUGAAACAGAGCGCGGCCAGCCAGGCCUGAAGCGCUCGGUCAGCCGAGAGCGCUAUGUGGAGACCCUGGUGGUGGCUGACAAGAUGAUGGUGGCCUACCACGGGCGCCGAGACGUGGAACAGUAUGUGCUGGCCAUCAUGAACAUUGUUGCCAAACUUUUCCAGGACUCGAGUCUGGGAAACAUCGUUAAUAUCCUGGUAACACGCCUUAUCCUGCUCACGGAGGACCAGCCCACCCUGGAGAUCACCCACCAUGCUGGGAAGUCCCUGGACAGCUUCUGUAAGUGGCAGAAAUCCAUCGUGAACCGCAGCGGCCAUGGCAAUGCCAUUCCAGAGAACGGCGUGGCCAACCAUGACACAGCGGUGCUCAUCACACGCUAUGACAUCUGCAUCUACAAGAACAAACCCUGCGGCACACUAGGCCUGGCCCCCGUGGGCGGGAUGUGUGAGCGAGAGAGAAGUUGUAGCAUCAACGAAGACAUCGGCCUGGCCACAGCAUUCACCAUUGCCCACGAGAUCGGACACACGUUUGGUAUGAACCACGACGGCGUGGGGAACAGCUGCGGGGCCCGUGGCCAGGACCCAGCCAAACUCAUGGCUGCGCACAUCACCAUGAAGACCAACCCGUUUGUGUGGUCCUCCUGCAGCCGUGACUACAUCACCAGCUUUCUGGACUUGGGCCUGGGGCUCUGCCUGAACAACCGGCCGCCCAGACAGGACUUCGUGUACCCAACAGUGGCCCCCGGCCAGGCCUAUGAUGCAGAUGAACAAUGCCGCUUCCAGCAUGGAGUCAAAUCGCGUCAGUGUAAAUACGGGGAGGUCUGCAGCGAGUUGUGGUGUCUGAGCAAGAGCAACCGGUGCAUCACCAACAGCAUCCCGGCCGCCGAGGGCACGCUGUGCCAGACGCACACCAUCGACAAGGGGUGGUGCUACAAGCGGGUCUGCGUCCCCUUCGGGUCGCGGCCGGAGGGCGUGGACGGCGCCUGGGGCCCGUGGACCCCGUGGGGCGACUGCAGCCGGACGUGCGGCGGCGGCGUGUCCUCCUCCAGCCGUCACUGCGACAGCCCCAGGCCGACGAUCGGGGGCAAGUACUGCCUGGGCGAGAGACGGAGGCACCGUUCCUGCAACACCGAUGACUGUCCCCCAGGCUCCCAGGACUUCAGGGAAAUGCAGUGCUCUGAAUUUGACAGUGUCCCCUUCCGUGGAAAAUUCUACACGUGGAAAACGUACCGGGGAGGGGGCGUGAAGGCCUGCUCGCUCACGUGCCUAGCAGAAGGCUUCAACUUCUACACGGAGAGGGCGGCGGCUGUGGUGGACGGGACGCCCUGCCGCCCAGACACAGUGGACAUUUGUGUCAGCGGCGAGUGCAAGCACGUGGGCUGCGACCGGGUCCUGGGCUCUGACCUGCGGGAAGACAAGUGCAGAGUGUGUGGGGGUGAUGGCAGCGCCUGCGAAACCAUCGAGGGGGUCUUCAGCCCAGCCUGGCCUGGAGCCGGGACCAGGAAUGGGGGAGACAGGCAGGUGCAGGGAAGGGCCAAGUGGGUGACAUCUGAGCUCCACUGUCCAGGGUACGAGGAAGUCGUCUGGAUCCCCAAAGGCUCCGUCCACAUUUUCAUCCAGGACCUGAACCUCUCCCUCAGUCACCUGGCCCUGAAGGGGGACCAGGAGUCCCUGCUGCUGGAGGGGCUGCCCGGGACCCCCCAGCCCCACCGCCUGCCCCUGGCCGGGACCACCUUUCAGCUGCGACAAGGGCCGGAUCAGACCCAGAGCCUAGAAGCCCUGGGACCCAUUAACGCAUCUCUCAUCGUCAUGGUGCUGGCCCGGACUGAGCUGCCAGUCCUCCGCUACCGCUUCAAUGCACCCAUCACCCGAGAUGCACUGCCUCCGUACUCCUGGUACUACGCGCCCUGGACCAAGUGCUCGGCCCAGUGUGCAGGCGGCAGCCAGGUGCAGGCUGUGGAGUGCCGCAAUCAGCUGGACAGCUCAGCCGUGGCUCCGCACCACUGCAGCGCCCACAGCAAGCUACCCAAGAGGCAGCGCGCCUGCAACACAGAGCCCUGCCCACCCGACUGGGUCGUAGGGAACUGGUCGCGCUGCAGCCGCAGCUGUGAUGCGGGCGUGCGCAGCCGCUCCGUCGUGUGCCAGCGCCGCGUGUCGGCCGCCGAGGAGAAGGCGCUGGACGACAGCGCUUGCCCGCAGCCGCGCCCACCGGUGCUGGAGGCCUGCCACGGCCCGGCCUGCCCUCCGGAGUGGGCCGCCCUCGACUGGUCGGAGUGCACCCCCAGCUGCGGGCCGGGCCUCCGCCACCGUGUCGUCCUUUGUAAGAGCGCAGAUCAUCGCGCCACACUGCCCCCCACGCACUGCCCGCCCGCGGCCAAGCCGCCGGCGACCAUGCGCUGCAACCUGCGCCGCUGCCCGCCGGCCCGCUGGGUGGCGGGAGAGUGGGGUGAGUGCUCCGCGCAGUGCGGCUUCGGGCAGCAACAGCGCCCGGUACGCUGCUCCAGCCACACAGGGCAGCCCUCACGCGAGUGCGCGGACGCCCUGCGGCCCCCCGCCACGCAGCAGUGCGAGGCCAAGUGUGACAGCGCGCCCCCCGGGGAUGGCCUGGAAGAGUGCAAGGAUGUGAACAAGGUCGCCUACUGCCCCCUGGUGCUGAAAUUUCAGUUCUGCAGCCGAGCCUACUUCCGCCAGAUGUGCUGCAAAACCUGCCAAGGCCGCUAGAGGGCGCACGGUCCUCGGAGUCAAGGCUGGGGGCCGGCUGGGGAUGGGGGUGGGGCGACCAGGCCUGCAGCUGGCCAGCCUGAAGGAGCCCGAGGGGGCAGGAGCUGGGAGUGAAGGGUGAGACGGAGCCGGAAGUUAUUUAUUGGGGACUCUUGCGGGGCUCCUGGCUGAGGGGGAUGGAGAGGGGCUGGCCACGCCCACGGCCCCUCCUUUUCCCGUCUCCCAGUUCAGAAUGAGACCCCCUCCAGGGUGGGUUUGAGGUGGGGACAACUGUUCGCCCUAGUGCUCUUGCCACCCACCCUUAGGGAGACCCCCAGCACAACCCCCGCCUUUGAUCGGAAUAUGUACUGUGAAGAGUGGGGGUGGGGAGGGGGUCAGCCGGUGCCCUGCCCCCCGCCCCAGCACUGCCCUACCCCUCCACUCUGAGCUGGGGGGGGAAUCUAUGUCCGCCACGGGGGAGGGGAUUAGCACGACCUCCCUGACACCCUCCGCCUAACCAGACCAGCUACAGGGGGAGGCAGAGCUGGGAAGAUCCACCCCAUCCUGUGCCCUGCCUGCCCCAGGGGGACCAUGUCAUCCAGGCCACCCCCAUCAUGGUGCUACAGGCCCUGCCCUGGGGCCCACACACCCCUCGCCAGGAAGCCCUACAUCAAUAAAGUUCUGUCUUGUGUA